AUGCGACUUUCAGAAUUAUCCAGAAGACAGAAAAUCUUAUUACUUCUUCUUGUAAUUGGUGUAGCUUGUACAGCGAUUGUUGGAAUUGCACUGCUGGUACAUUUCUCAAAAAGAAAUUCUCAUGAACAAGGCUCUUCACUACUCACAGAUGGACCUUCAUCACGAGUUGAAAACCAAACAGAAACAGGGAAACUGUGCAUGGAUGAAAGUUGUCCAAGUAAUAAUAGUGACAACAGUAUCAACAUAAUUUGUGAUAAUUUUGAGAAAUACUCUUGUGACAAGCUCUCUCAAAAUAGUCUGUAUAAUCGAUCAUUUAACGCGGAUGAUAUCAUCAUGAAAAUGUUACAAAGUACAGAAUAUGAAGAUGUACCGGGUGUUAAAGUAGCCCAAACUUUCUACAAUACUUGCACGAUCGCUUCCUCGAUGGAAAGACCGUUGAUAAAGAAGAAAAUCGGUGAACUGAUCAAAUUACUUUUCAACGGAUGGCUGAUGUCGUCAAAUGACACGGAGCAGUUGGAUGUCGAACAGAAUGUUCUUAGUAGUGAAAAGUUCAGUCUGACCGCUUUACUCUUACCAUCGUUAUUUCAAAUUGGAGAAACAGCUUUAUUUUCCUUAAAGCUAGUUAAAGAUAUCACACAAAAUGGCGUUCAAUUUAUUGAAGAACCACAGUCAAGUCAAGAGGACAGCGAAGUGAAAGAACUAAUAUUCAAAUAUUUAGAAAAUGUAGGAGCACUAAAAUCUAAUGAAAAUAUGAUGGACGGUGUUUUCGAAUUGUAUUCGGAAUUAAAAAACAUCAAUUGGGAUGUUUUAUUUAGAAAUGUUUUCGGAAAUGAAUCGUAUAACCAAUUGGAAUUUACUAUCCAAUCAGAAGAAGCUUGGCUGAGGACUUGCGAUAUUCUCCGUUCAAAAGUAACCAUAGACGAAGAAAGAAAAAACAUACACAAUAUGGUAGUGAUAGAUUUCUUGUACAAAAUGCGGAACUACUUACAGCAAUAUUUUGAAGACUUUUAUCCUACAAAUAAUGAUAAAAAACCACCAACAUGCUUCGAGGAAACGAAGGAGAAUUUCUGGUGGACAAUAAACAAAGAACACAAAUAUUCUAGUAUAAGUAAGACUACAAAAGAUGAAGUGAAUCAAAUGUUCAACGAAAUGAAGCACAAAUUGACUGAAUUAUUGUCACAAAGGUCAUGGAGCAGUGAAGAUGACAAGCAAAAAGCUAUUUCAACGGUUUCCAACAUCAGUGUAUUGAUGAUCGAUUCAGCAUUUCUCGAUCAGGAGAUUAAAGAACGAGAUAUAAUACUCGAAAAUGAACUUUCUGAGAAUAACUACUUUAUAAAUGCCUACUACUCUCAGAAGGCUCGAACUAAAACAUCUUUAUUCGGAAUAUCAAGGACACAGAGCUUCGAUCACUUGCAGUUGAUUUAUCCUGUCAUUGCCGUUCAAAGUCGCAAGAUUGUUAUACUUUCUGGGAUAUUACAUUCACCGUUUUGGAGUGAAUCACAUUCAAUGUCGGAAAAGUACGGAAUUUUCGGUUGGCUUCUUGGUUCUCAGAUUAUAUCUGAAGUUUUAAAUGGUGAGGAGUUACAAAGUCAAACGGAAUAUCCACCACAGUGUCAACCAACUGCUUCUACACCGUUUGGAAGUCAAUUGUGUUGUUUAUCAGAACAAAUCAACUCUGAAAUACCUCAGAAUGAAAUAGUUGAACAACUGUCAGCUGGUAUAUCUGGUCUCAUGCUGUCGUUCGAAGCAUACAAGAAAAGGUUAACUGGAAAUCUCGAUAGCCUAAAUGAAAAGAAGAUGUUCUUCUCAGCAUUUGCGAAAAUAGUGUGCAGCGGCUUAUCAUUAUAUACUAUUCAGUCCGGUUCAAGGAAGCAUAUAAAAGCCUACGGAUUCAUUGUGAACGAUGUUUUGAAACACAGUCAAGGAUUUUCAGAAGCGUACCAAUGUAAAAUUGGCUCGAUAAUGAAUCCUGUUCGCAAAUGUAUUCUUUAG